AGGGAGAGGCGCUGCGAGGGACCAACGAAGGUGGGGGGAGAAACGGAAGGGACGAGCAAGAAGCGACCAACGAAGGCGGGGAGCAGCGGGGGAAGGGAGACGAAGGAGGGAGGGAGGGACACGGCGGGACACCAUCAGCUCGAAGCAGCGGCGGGAAGCGGCAGCGGGCAGCGGGAGACCGGCGGGCAGCCAUGAAGUGUCUCUUGAUGGCACUUUGAGGGGUGGGGGAGCAGGUCUCAGAGAUCGUUAUUGGGGAACACUUCUCAGUGUGGUUGAGGUCUUCAUUCUUGAAUCGCCAUACUAUGGAGCGCUUGAGGGAUGCUGUCCAUAAUCUUCGCGGGAAGCUUAAUGAACGACUGGAGCAGAUGGAACCCUGGGAGAUUGUGGUGUAUACGGCUAUUGCAACAUAUGGGAUGCAACGGCUGAGAAGUUAUAUGAAACAAAUUAAAAUAAGCAUUGAAGAUCAGGGUUAUUGUUUCCCUCGCCGCCUUAUGCUGGUUGCUUGCCCAUUUGUCUACCCCAUGCCUUUCACCCAGCCAAAAGAAGAAGAAGAAGAAGGCAUUGCUGCCAAGAAGAAGAGUGUAAGCGCCAUAGCCGCACACAUAGCCGCAAUGGAUGGCGGCGUGAGCAGGAAAAAAGAAGAAGAAGAAGAAGAAGAAGAAGAAGAAGAAGAAGAAGAAGAAGAGGAAGAAGAAGACAUUGCUGCCAAGAUGAAGAGUGUAAGCGCCAUAGCCGCACACAUAGCCGUCAUGGACGGCGGCAUGAGCAGGAAAGAAGAAGAAGAAGAAGAAGAAGAAGAAGAAGAAGAAGAAGAAGAAGGGAUUAUUGUGAAGAAGAAGAGUGUAAGCGCCAUAGCCGCAGACAUAGCCACCAUGGCCGGCGAUGUGAAUCUGUUCUUUAACGACAUCGAUGAUCCACAUGCUGCGGAGAUUGAGGUGAUGGUGGCAGAAGAGCGAAGCCGGUACAUCGAAAACGAAGCUGGAGCUAUGGCGCCACAGGACAUGACAGACGCAGUUCUCCAUGCCCCGUCGUUUGUCGAGGUAUCGUCUGCCUCCCAGCAGACCGCCGCAUCUAGCGCUUCUCCCCCGAGACUUCCGACGCGUCGCGCCAUUCGCACAACCCGUUGUAGCGCUCAACUGGCGACUCGCGAUGACGUUGUGUCAUCUCUCCUGGAUUUGAGCAUUCUUCAGGCUCGCCAGGAGCGACUCACGAGACACGUAAACGUUCUGCGUCAUCUUCCCGCUCUUCUCUCUGACCCUGAGCGUACCCUCCCCAUUAUCCCUAUUCGCCUAGGGACAUCUACGAGAGUGUAUCGCGCUUUAUGGGACUCUGGCUCGCAGGGAGAUUUCGUUCACCCUCGAGUGGUUGAGGAAGCUCGCCUAGCUACCUCUGGGUCUCGCUCUCCUAUCUCUGUUACCCUCGGAGAUAACAGGACACAACGCUUCUUCGAUCAGACGGUCCCCGACCUCCAUUUCUCCCUCACCCUCCAGCCACCGAAUAGUACCCAGGCGCCUCGGCGCUACCAUUCCUCCGCAUACUUCGAUGUGGUGGAGACUGGGUACGACUUUAUUCUUGGCACUCCCUGGUCUCGCCGGUUCCGUGGCAUAGAGGCCGAAUGGGCGACCAAGACACUCGUUCUCAAAACGAAGUGUGGUCAGACCCAUCGCGUCCCGUUCAUUGGAACCACGGGCGACACCCCGCCCGACCUACUUCCCCAGGACCCUCGUCCCUCAGGGUUCCACCCCAACAUCGCGUUCACUUCCCCUCGUCAGUUUGCUCACUUCAUACGACAGGAGGACGUCACGUUCUACUCAAUGAACGUCAUGGAUCUUCUUCGUUAUGAUCCACUCUGUCCCGAGGUUGAGCUCAUCUCUCUGGAGCCCGAUCCCCCUGACCCUCCUUCCAUCUUCGCGGCUCCCAUCUCUACAUCCACUCGUCAGCCUGCGGAUACCCCCUCCACGUCUCAGGCCCAUGCGCCGUCGACUGUCGAGUCCACACAUACGUCUCGUGCUGACGCAGAGGCUGAGGAACUCACACGGUUCACGACAGACUUAGAGCCGGCCGUUCGCGACCUGAUUCGAGAGUACCGCGACGUCUUUCCCCCGGAUUUCUCAUACAGCGGGAUUCCCCCGAUGCGCGGCGUUGAGCAUUCUAUCCAGCUCGUGCCUGACUAUCGUGUUCACCAUCAGGCACCGUACCGACUCUCGAUCCCAGAGGCGACGGAACUCGAGCGUCAGCUUGAGGAGCUCCUUCGACUGGGUUUCAUUAAACCCAGUAACUCCCCUUGGGGUGCACCUGUCCUCUUUGCUCGCAAAGCGGACGAAACUCUCCGCCUCUGCAUCGAUUAUCGCGGCCUUAACCGUUACACGGUUAAGAACAGUUAUCCCAUGCCCCGCGCGGAUGAGCUGUUUGACCGUCUGGCAGGCAACCGCUUCUUCACGAAGAUUGAUCUUUGUAGCGGUUACCACGAGAUCCGCGUUGCCACAGAGGAUCAACCGAAGACCGCCUUCCGAUCGCGCUUCGGCCACUACGAGUUCACGGUGAUGCCAUUCGGCCUCACCAAUGCCCCCGCCACCUUCCAGACGGCGAUGAACGACCUCUUCAGGGACAUCCUUGAAGAAUACGUUCUCGUAUACCUGGACGACAUCUUGGUCUACAGUCGUACCUUAGAAGACCAUAUCAGACACCUCUGUGAUGUCCUACAGCGCUUACGCAAGCAUGGCUUCUAUGCCAAGCUCAGUAAGUGUCGCUUUGCCCAGCGCAAAGUGGACUUUCUAGGACACCAUGUGUCUGACCAGGGUCUCCACAUGGACGACGCGAAAAUCACUGCUAUUGCAGAGUGGCCCGUCCCCACAUCUGCCAAGCAGCUUCGCAGUUUCCUAGGCCUCACCAGCUACUAUAGUAAUUUUAUCCAGGGAUACGCUAGGUAUUCCUACGUCCUUACCUCUACCCUCCUCCAAAAGAACCCGCCGUGGUUUUGGACACCACUGUGCGAGGACGCCUUUCACGCCCUCAAGAAGGUGGUGACGUGUGCGCCGGUUCUUUGCCUUCCCGAUUUCGAUCGUCCCUUUAUCGUCACCACCGAUGCGUCAGAUUUUGCAGUAGGAGCUGUCCUUUCUCAGGUGUUUCCCUCUUCUCCAGAUUCACCUUACCCCCAUGUUCCUCUUUCCCCCCCCCCUCUUGCUGACACUGCUUCUCGACUGACGCCUACCCUCCCACCACUUCCCUCCACUGACAGUCCUCCUGUUACUUACUCCCCGACCAUCACGGAGGAUGGGACUGUCGAGGUUCGGGCUGGGGAUUGCCCGAUCGCGUUCUACUCCCGUCAGCUACUGCCUGCCGAGAUAAACUACACCGUCGAUGAACGUGAGUGCCACAUCAGCAGUGCCACAUCAGCAGUGCCACGUCAGCAACAAUGCCACGUCAGCAGUGCCACGUCAACAGUGGCACGUCAGCCACAGUGCCACGUCAACAGUACCACAGUGCCACGUCAGCUGUGCCCCGCCACCAUGACGGGCUCAGUUCCAGGCAUGCCAGGCCAACAGGCAAAUGAGUCCAUUGCCGAGUACCGACGGCGUUUCGGAACUGAACUCGCACUAAUCGCGAUUGAGGAACAGCGCCAGCUGGCAGACGAGGCUUUCCGCCUACAGGCUGAAGCGGCGGCAACAGCUGAGAAGCAGCGGCUUCAGGCCGAAGCAGAUGCAGAUACCCAGGCACGCCGCAAGGAAGCCCAGGAUCUACUGCAGCGACAUGAAGCCACCAACAUCGAAAGGCUCAAGUUUUGGCACUUUGAACCAUCCGAGGAGCACGACGACGCGACACCGGAGGAACAACACAAGGAAUUCAUGGCCAAGCUCAUGACCAGGUUGAUUUACACUUGUAACCACCUGCAGUCUGAGCUGGCGAACCUCCAGCGGGCCUUACGGAACCACAAGGAUCAACACGAGGAUGCAGCACGGGCACUUGAUUCCCGUGUACAGGACUUGGAGCAAAUUGGACCAAGACCGGAGGCUGGCGAGUCCAGCAGUGCACCCUCUGCCCGCCAGCUGGAGGAACACAUCGAUCACGUAGUGGCAAUGCUAGGUGAUAUUAGCACCUUCGCAGCGCCAACCACCAUCAGCCAGCAGCUGGACACACGAAAGACCGAGAUCAGGCAGCGACAACAGCCGUCUGACCCCAAUCGCAACACCAACACGACAAAGCAUUACAAGAUGCGGACGUUCCGGAUCGAGAAGUUCGAUGAUUACACACAUCAAGACCCGGUCGUCUGGUGGCAAGGAUUCACAACGGAGUUGGGGAUUCAUGAGGUCCCCGAACAUCUGUUCAUCGGCGCGUCUUCAACCUACACAAGAAGGUCUCCUGGGGAGGAUCUGACAAAGGAAUGGAAGAAGCGGUUCAUAGUUGACGACGCCCCGACGCUCGCCAUCAACCGCAUCUUCACGAUGGCUCAAGGAAACAUAGAGACACGUGAUUGGCUCACGGAUUGGCAGAAGAUCGUGGCGACGCCCGAUUUGGACUUACCAUUUCCGCAUCUGCGUCGGGAGUUCUACAACCGGUCAUGCGCCGCUUUGAGCCUCGCACUUGGUGAUCGCGAGCAGUACUACACCUUCGCCGAAAUCAUCAACAAGGCGAGGGAGAUCAUCAAGACAAACAGGGCAGCUGCACAUGAGAAAUCAGCAUGGCAGCCAACCUAUGUGGAGAAGGUGAGAACUGGUGCGCGACCGCAGUAUGUCGCUGCAGUCCAAUCGGACAACUUUGUGGAAGACCCGGCAGCCACCCAAGCGUCACGUGAGGGAGAUCAGGUGGCUGCUGUCCAACCGCGAAGCAACAACAAGUCCCGAGGAAACGGGAAGGCGAAAACCGCAUCGCCGGCCGGAAACGGACAGCCAACACCAUGGGUCAAGUUUCACUUGACCGAGGCGGAAUACAAGUGGCGUGGCUGCUACGGCUGCUGCAAUUGGUGCAACAGCACCAAGCACAAGACCUCCCAAUGCCCUGAUCAAGGCAAGGAGGAUGUUCGGCCUCAUAUCAACCUCGGGAAACUGAGUUGCGCAGGAGGUGAGGCGACUCCACCUCUCACUCCGCCAGAUUCGGCCGCCUUGCUAGCGGCCUCCUACACAUGUGGGGAGGAUGCGCAUGUCGCAAGUCCUCGGUACACUUACGAGGACUAUGCUGUCCACUUGGUCCCACCAUUGGACCAACCACUCCACGUGCAACAAUCUACCGCAUGCACGGUUUCAUCACCAUCGGUAACCGAUUCGGCAGCUUUGCCGCCAUCUACCGCCGGGGAUUCAACGUCAUGGUCAAGACUUGAAGAGCUCAACCCGUUGACUGUUGCGGACUUCCAGUGGAUGCCCCUUCCCCGGUCCGGUCGAUUGCCGAAACCGCAUUGCAACGUGCUCAUGGCACAAUUGCGGGAUUACUUGCACACUGCAGUACCAACUCCGUUGAUGGACGCCGGAGUAGAGGUUGUCGACCUUCACGCCCACAUUGCGAAGAUCGACCGCGAGUUCAAGACACAACGGCAGGAUCACCCGGUGAACUUCUACCGCCGCACCGAUCACGUUCGUGAUCGAAACAGAGUACUAGUCCUAUGCACGGUAGCUCCUCCUCACCCUUCGAUCAACUGCCAUGUGGUAUCCGCCGCAAGCAUGCGAGCUUCCAUCAUCAAAGACGACAUCGAGGAGAUGGGGGUGUGUUUUCUCCACGCCCUCCCGCCCCAUGACGCUUCAUCGACGGACUCAUCUUCGGACCCACGCAUCACGGAGCUUCUCGACGCCUACGGCGACGUGUUCGAAGGCCCGCACGGAGUAGUACCGGAUCGGCCCAUCCGCCACGAGAUCAUCCUCGAGGACGGGGCCGUACCUCCUCGCGGUUGCAUCUACCGAAUGAGCGAGGAAGAGUUAAGUGUGCUACGGGCACAACUCGACGACCUUCUGGAGAAAGGCUGGAUUCGGCCUAGCUCAUCGCCAUACGGUGCUCCCGUUCUCUUCGUCCCGAAGAAGAACAAGGAUUUGCGGUUGUGCAUUGAUUAUCGCAAGCUCAACGUGCAAACAAUCAGAAACGUCGACCCUCUUCCACGCAUCGACGACCUUCUCGAACGGCUGGGCGGCGCCAAGUUCUUCUCCAAGCUUAACCUCAAGUUUGGAUAUCACCAACUCGAGAUUCGGCAGGAGGACCGCUACUGGACCGCGUUUAAGACGCGAUAUGGGCAUUUCGAAUGACUGGUCAUGCCAUUUGGCCUUACGAAUGCCCCGGCCCCGUUCCAAGCGGCUAUGACAACG